AGGAGGAAGAGGCAACCAGCAAAGCGCGACGCUGACAGGCCUGUUGGGUGCCGGUUUGCCGGGUACGUCGGAGCCUGCCCGGGACGGUGCGGACUCGCCUGCACGUGCCAGAUGUCGGUGGCGACACCGAAAAUGAUUCCCUUGUCUUCACCAGACGCUUCUAUGUGAGCAGACCCACCUCAGACCGCCUUUCUGCUCUCCCUUCAGUUGGCCCAGCAUGGCAGGGUUCAAGCGAGGGUAUGAUGGAAAGAUUGCCGGAUUAUACGAUCUGGAUAAAACCUUGGGCCGAGGCCAUUUUGCGGUGGUUAAACUUGCCAGGCAUGUCUUUACAGGUGAAAAGGUAGCAGUGAAAGUUAUCGACAAGACAAAACUGGACACGCUGGCCACCGGCCAUCUCUUCCAGGAGGUGAGGUGCAUGAAACUGGUGCAGCACCCGAACAUCGUGCGCCUCUACGAGGUCAUUGACACCCAGACCAAACUGUACCUGAUCCUGGAGCUCGGGGACGGGGGCGAUAUGUUCGAUUACAUAAUGAAGCACGAGGAGGGCCUGACCGAGGACCUGGCCAAGAAGUACUUUGCACAGCUGGUCCACGCUAUCUCGUACUGCCAUAAACUGCACGUGGUCCACAGAGACUUGAAACCGGAGAACGUGGUCUUCUUUGAGAAGCAAGGUCUUGUGAAGCUGACGGACUUCGGGUUCAGCAACAAGUUCCAGCCAGGGAAGAAGCUCACCACAAGCUGUGGGUCUCUUGCAUACUCCGCUCCGGAGAUCCUGCUCGGCGAUGAGUACGACGCGCCCGCAGUAGAUAUAUGGAGCCUCGGAGUGAUCCUCUUCAUGCUGGUGUGCGGGCAGCCGCCCUUUCAGGAGGCCAACGACAGUGAGACGUUGACGAUGAUCAUGGAUUGCAAAUACACGGUCCCGCCCCACGUGUCCAAGGAGUGUAAAGACCUGAUCACGCGCAUGCUCCAGAGAGACCCCAAGAGAAGGGCAUCGUUAGAAGAGAUCGAAAACCACCCAUGGCUCCAGGGCGUGGACCCGUCGCCGGCCACGAAGUGCAGCAUCCCCCUGGUGUCCUACAAGAACCUGUCGGAGGAGGAGCACAACAGCAUCAUCCAGCGCAUGGUGCUGGGGGACAUUGCGGACCGGGACGCCAUCGUGGACGCGCUGGAGACCAACCGGUACAACCACAUCACGGCCACCUACUUCCUGCUGGCAGAGCGGAUCCUGCGCGAGAAGCAGGAGAAGGAGACGCAGCGGUCCGCCAGCCCCAGCAACAUCAAGGCCCAGUUCAGGCAGUCGUGGCCAACCAAAAUCGACGUGCCGCAGGACCUGGAGGAUGACCUCACGGCCACGCCUUUGUCCCACGCCACCGUCCCUCAGUCUCCUGCUCGGGCUGCCGACAACGUCCUCAACGGCCACCGGAGCAAAGGCCUGUGUGACUCGGCCAAGAGAGACGACCUCCCCGAGCUAGCCGGGCCAGCCCUGUCCGCGGGGCCGCCCGCCAGCCUGAAGCCCGCAGCCAGCGGGCGCAAGUGCCUGUUCAGGGUGGAGGAGGACGAGGAGGAGGACGAGGAGGACAAGAAGCCCGUGUCCCUGUCCACACAUGUGGUUCUGCGCCGGAAGCCGUCCGUGACCAACCGCCUGACGUCUCGGAAGAG